AUGCACCCGUCCAACGCGGCGCCCAAGGGGACCAAGCUCUCCUCGGGCCACAACACGCCACCCAACGAAAUCGAGGGCGACGCCCACGGCGUCGACCUUCAGGGUCUUGAGGGUCUGACUCUCUACGAGAAGAAAUGCGUUCUCAUCAACCGCGAGAUCGAAUACCAGGGCAUGGGCAGGUACCAAUGGUACAUCUGGUGUCUCUGCGGCUUCGGCUACCUGCUCGAUCUGCUCUGGGCCCAGGCAUUCGGUCUCGCCCUCAGUCCUCUGCAGCAGGAGCUUGGCUUCAGCAACGCCGAGUCCGGCAACAUUGGCACCAGCUUCAACGCCGGCAUGACGGCCGGGGCCUUCGUCUGGGGCUUCCUCGCUGACAUCGUGGGUCGCCGCUGGGCUUUCAACUUGACCUGUCUGAUUGCCUCCGUCUUUGGCCUGUGUCUCGGUGCUUCCCAGAAUUACAAUACCUUCCUGGUCUUGACGGCAUUCGUUGGCUUUGGAAACAAACGCUUUCUGCUGGCUUGCUUGUCCGUCUUCCAACCCAUUGGCGUCGUCAUCUGCUCCGCCAUUGCCUUUGGUUUCAUCCCUGUCUACUCGUGCUCCCCCAAUUUCUCCGAACAGGACCCCCUUCCGUCUUGUCGCAAUGUCGCCGACGGCGAAGAAUGCUGUUCCCGCGGUGCCAACAUGGGCUGGCGCUACCUCCUGUUCACCAUUGGCGCCAUCACCCUCUCCGUCUUCAUCCUGCGCUUCUUCGUCUUUACCUUUCGCGAGACGCCCAAGUACCUGAUCUACCGCGGUCAGGACGCCAAGGCCAUCGAGACGCUGCAUCACAUGGGCCAGGUCAACAAGCGUCCGUGCAAGCUGACGCUCGCCAUCUUCGAGUCACUCACCACCGAUGACUCGUCCGUCGGGUCCGGGUCCGGGUCCGGGUCCGGGUCCGGAUCUGCUUCCAAAGCCAUGCUCGGCGGUGGCGACCGCCAGCUGAAGCUCUCCUGGUACGAAAAGCUGCGGCUGGACAUGUCCCGCUACAAGAUGCUCUUCGACGGCUGGCAGAUGACGCGCCUGACCAUCCUCGUCUGGCUGACCUACAUCAUGGACUACUGGGCCUUCACCGUCGCCGGCUUCUACCUGCCGCGCAUCCUCGCCCUCAAGAACGGCGCCAUCGACGUCAGCCUCACCCAGACCUACGCUGCCUACAUCUACACCUACGUCCCCGGCAUCUUUGGCGUGCUGCUCGGCGCCUUGAUGUACCACAUUCCCAGUUUCGGCCGCAAGUGGACCCUCGUGCUCUCGGCGGCCCUCAUGAGCACGUCCAUCUUUCUGCUGUCCGUCGUCGACACGCGCGCCAAGAACGAGGGCCUCUUCACGAUGGAGUACUUUUUCCAGAGCAUGUUCAACGCCGUGCUCUACGGGUGGACGCCCGAGGCGUUCCCGGCGCCCGUGCGCGGCACGGCCUGUGGUUUGGCCGGCUUCUGGGGCCGCCUGUUUGGCAUCGUCAGUCCCCUGAUUGCGCAGCACCUGUACGGUCGUUCCGAGGGCGAGGGCGAUAUCAAUGCCGUCCUGUAUCUGGCCGGCGGUGUCAUGCUGGGGUGUGUGGUCACGACGGCGCUGUUGCCGACGAACAAGAUGGAGACGACGGAUGCCAGGAUUCAGGACUAG